AUGGUCGCCAACCUCGGCAGCUUGGCUGCUCGCGCUACAGUCUUCCUCAUGUCUACUCGCCCCAUCACCCAAAGAGCAGACGCUGCCACUUACACCAACAACGCCGCCGCCGCCAUCACCACCCUCCAGAACACAUGGUACAGCGUCGGUACCGGUCUUUGGGACAACGCCUGGUGGAACAGCGCGAACGCCUUCACAACCCUCGCCGACUUUGCUGAUCUCAACCGCGACGUCGCCAACCAGCUCAACAUUGGCGGUAUCCUGAGCAACACCUUCAACCAGGCCCAGAAGACCACAGCAUCCGUCUCCAAAUCGAUGAAUGCGGCCGGCCUCGUCACAUCUUCAUACGCCAUCUCCAAGCGCGACUACCCCACCAUUAGGGGCCGCCAGAUGAGCGCUCAGGGCUUUCCCAACUUCAUCAACGAGUUUUACGACGACGAGGGCUGGUGGGCGCUCGGCCUGAUCCGAGCGUAUGAUGUGACUACAGAUUCGGACUACCUCGACAUGGCCAAGCGUAUCUUCGCCGACAUGCAGACCGGCACUGGCACAAACUGCAACGGCGGCAUCUGGUGGAACAAGGACCGCAAGUACGUCGCGGCCAUCGCCAACGAGCUCUACCUCUCGGUCGCCGCCGCCCUCGCCAACCGCGAACCCACCAACAAAGACUACCUCAACAUUGCACAGUCUCAGUGGGCGUGGUUCAAGGCCAGCGGCAUGAUCAACGGUGAUGGCACCAUCAACGACGGCCUUGACAGCAACUGCAAGAACAACGGCGCCAACGUCUGGUCUUACAACCAGGGCGUCGUCCUCGGCGGCCUCGUCGAGCUCAGCCGUGCCACGGGCGACAAGUCCGUCCUGACGGAUGCCACCAACAUCGCCAAGGCCGCCAUCAAGGCCCUGACCGACGACAACGGCAUUCUGCACGACACGUGCGAGCCCAACUGCGGUUCCGACGGAAACCAGUUCAAGGGUAUCUUCAACCGCAACCUGCGAUACCUUCACGCCGCCGCCCCUUCGGACGACUUCAAGACCUUUCUCAUCAAGAACGCCGACAGCAACUGGUCCAAGAACCGCGACGGCCAGGGCAAGCUCGGCGUUGUCUGGUCGGGCCCCGUCCAGGGCGUCUCCGGCCCGACUCACAGCUCGGCUCUGGACUCCAUCGUUGCCGCCAUUGCCGUCGCGUAG